AUGCACGAUGCAGUUCUCGAUUACUACGGCAGGCGGCUUGCAACAUGCUCUUCGGACAGAACGAUCAAGAUCUUCGAGAUUGAAGGCGAGACACAGCGACUAGCAGAAACUCUGAAAGGUCACGAGGGGGCAGUAUGGAGUGUAUCCUGGGCGCACCCGAAAUACGGCAACAUCCUGGCAUCGGCGGGCUACGACGGCAAGGUUCUGAUCUGGCGCGAGCAGCAGGGCUCGUGGCAAAAGCUGUUCGACUUUGCGCUGCACAAGGCCUCGGUGAACACCAUCGCCUGGUCGCCGCACGAGUCGGGCUGCCUGCUCGCGUGCGCCUCGUCCGACGGCAACGUCUCCGUCCUCGAGUUCAAGGACAACAGCUACGAGCACAGCAUCUUCCCCGCCCACGGGCUCGGCGUCAACUCGGUGUCGUGGGCCCCCGCCACAACGCCCGGCAGCAUCGUCUCCAGCAACCCCGGCCCUGGCGCGACGGGCAACCGGCGCUUCGUCACGGGCGGCUGCGACAACCUCCUGAAGCUGUGGGUUUUCGACCCCACGACGAACAGCUACAAGCCCGAGCGCGAGCCGCUGGCGGGCCACACGGACUGGGUGCGUGACGUAGCGUGGAGCCCGACGGUGCUGCAGAAGAGCUACAUUGCGUCUGCGUCGCAGGACAAGACGGUGCGGAUCUGGACCUCGGACCCGGCCAGCCCCGGCCAGUGGCACACCAAGGUGCUCAACUUCGAGAAGGAGGUGUGGCGGGUGAGCUGGUCGUUGAGCGGGAACGUGCUGGCGGUGAGCGGCGGCGACAACAAGGUCACGCUGUGGAAGGAGAACCUCCGCGGCGAGUGGGAGUGCGUCAAGACGAUGGAGGAGUAG